GCAUUGAGACGACCUUUACCAUUUCAUGUCAGAAUCAGAGGUACCCGGUACACGGCCCAGACUCCCAGUACAGUACAGUACCAGUGUAGCUUCCCAACUGAGUGAACAGGAGUGCCAUGUCAUCAGAAGCUCUCCCACAAGGCUAUGACUUUGGCCCACCUCUAGGCACCACAUCAGAAGAGACGAGAUACUUGUACGGUGUGUUUUACAAGAAACUCUGUCAGUAUCGUACACAACUACCACCGCCCUUGCAACAGAAAAUGACAGACACACACAUUAAGGGACUAGCUGACGCUCUGCUUGACGGAACAGUGUUCGAAAUUGUCAAAGAAUUGGAAGAUAUUCAACAAUUUAAUGAGAGUACCCUGCUCAAUAAUCGAGUUACAGUCGUUAGCGCACACAAGACACAAAAAAUGGCACUGGCAAAGAAAUACAAGGAAGAACUGGCCAGUGUCAAGCAGCACAACCUUCCCUUGGCCAAGAAAAGGCACGAAAAGGAAGAAGCUGAAUUACACUUAAAACUGAAAGAGGAGCUGAAAUCGAUGGAUCAGAAGAUUAUUCUGGAAUUGGACCAGCUAGUGACUGAUCAACAGUCCACCAUGCAGCAAGCAGAUAUCCCCAUGUUCAGUGUGACUAAUAACCCAACAGAGAUACAGUUGCAGAUGCACAUACUGAAAUUCAUUCAAAGACUUUCUGAACUCCCCCCAACCACCACAAGCCACUAAUUUGUGUAUACUUUGCGAGACUUUCCCAGUAAAUCUCUUUGGUUGUUGUUUUCAUCUGUUUAUUCAACAUUUUCAAUAUUAAUAUAGUUUCUCAUAAUAAUAAUAAUUUAACCAG